CGCUCUCUUCUGCAGGCAAAUGAUGGACGUGAUACUAGCCCAAAUAAGGCACACACACUCACACACUCAGAAGGCAAGGCCUAUGGGAAGCAGUGAUGCUGCAAACAUGCCACACACAGAGCAAGGAAGGGAGCUAGAGCAAAUUUAGUCCAUGAUACAGAGAAGGCAAACGCGCCUGUGGCACCGAGAUGGGUGGAGGUCUGGGCGCUGAGCUGAGGAGCUCCAGGCCCAUUGGUUGCCUGCCUUCCACCGUUAUCUGCUCUCUCCCUUCUCCGGCUGUCUCCGCAUCUCUCCUCGUCCUCUGUCCUCCCUGUACUCGUGAAGAAUGAUUAGCAUACGAGAGGCGAGAGGAACUUCCCAGCGCGAGUGAACAGGAGAACAAGUGCGCAAAGGGAAGGAGGCUGGAAAAUACCAUCAGCAGCGAUUGGAAAGUUUGAGCGAAGACCACAUUUCUAGACUGAAAAUGAAAUUGGAGGAGGUGUAGUGACCUCUUAUCAGUCGUCUAACAUAGAGGGCCGUGGGGCAAACAGAGGUCUGAACCAAAGAGCGAUUACACCGGCAAUUACAUCAGAUGGAGGUGGAUGUAGCAGAGGAGAAGCGCCAUUGCACACGCUCAAAAGUUCCCCUGGAGCCAGCCAUACAAGAGUUGUUCAGUGUGUACGGCUGUCCUGUCGCCAAGAAGAGAAAACCCCUGGAGAGUCAUGCCCUGGAGCCCUCGCCCAAGAGGAAGGUGUUUCUAACAGUCGUAGAGCAGCCGUCAAUGGAGAAAUGCUACAAAACGCACAAAAUGGAGGAGAUGGAUGAAAAAGAGGAGGAAGAGGAGGAGCAGGAUGAAGAUGAAGAGGAACCGGAGGAGGAAUAUACUGACAACGAAGAUCAAUAUGAUCAGGAGGAGGAAGAAGUGAUUAAUGGAGAGGAUGAAGAGGUGGAGCAGGAAGAAGAGGAGGUGGUGGAGGACGAGGAAGAGGAGGAAGAAGUAGAAAGAGAGGGGGAGAAUGAUGAAGAUGAAGAUGAGGUGGAUGAAGAUGAGCAAGAGGACGAGGAGCAAAUUCAAGAAAUAGAAAGUGACCAUAUGAAUUGCAGUUCCAGCAGGACAAGCCCCUCCAUGGAGAAGGACAACAACAACAAUGAUGAAUAUGACAACUACGAUGAACUGGUGGCCAAAUCUCUGCUUAACCUGGGCAAGAUCGCAGAGGACGCCGCUUAUCGGGCCAUGACCGAGUCCGAGAUGAACAGCAACUCUUCAAACAGCGCAGAAGAGGAAGAAGAGGAAGAGGAAGAUGAAGAAGAUGAAGAAGAUGAGGAUGUGGAAGGCUCAAGGAAAGGUCAGCUGAGUCUAGAUGUUAACAGUGAUGUGGUAAGGGAGACUGUGGACUCUCUAAAGCUCCUGGCGCAGGGUCACGGAGUCACGCUCUCAGAAAACCUCCAAGAAAAGCCAUUCCAUGAUGAUGGGAGCGAGAACACGCACUGCGAUCUAAAUGGAAAUGGAUCCAUGGGUAAUGGACUCAGUGGUAAACACACCACUAAUGGUCAGAUGGCAGAGAAAAGUGACGAAGAAGUUUGUCUGAGCAGUUUGGAGUGUCUUCGUAACCAGUGCUUUGACUUAGCACGCAAGCUAAGUGAGACCAAACCAGCCGAGCGGCUCAUCAAUAACCAGCAGGAGAUUCAUCAGUUUUACCAAGAGGCCCAGCAGCAGCAGCAGCAGCAUCAGAGCCCCGAGGAGUCCAGCGUCCUUGAGCGGAAUUACUCUGACAUGGUCAACCUGAUGAAGCUUGAGGAGCAGCUCAGCCCAUGCUCCAAGACUUUCUCCAGCUGCGCCGCAGAGCACAGGGGCUUCCAGGACUGUGAUGAAGACACCACCUCCGUCACGUCGGACCGCUCAGAGGACGUUUUCGACAUGACCAAAGGCAACCUGUCACUGCUGGAGAAGGCCAUAGCACUGGAAACGGAGCGGACAAAAGCUUUGCGGGAAAAAAUGGCUUCGGAAGCAGUCAGGAGAGAUAGACUGCAUUUGCAUGAGGGUGGUUUGAGGCACAGCUAUGCGGAGCAGCGGAAGGCACGUCUCCACCAUGAUGGUCUAAAGAAGCCCUUCUACCUUAAAGAUUCUUCGCGGUCAGGGAAAAAGGAGAGCCGGUGUCCAACGCCUGGGUGUGACAGCACAGGUCAUGUGACGGGUUUGUACCCGCACCAUCGCAGCCUGUCUGGAUGCCCUCAUAAAGACAGAGUCCCUCCAGAGAUUCUUGCAAUUUAUGAAAAUGUUCUUAAGUGCCCUACGCCUGGCUGCACGGGCCGGGGUCACGUCAACAGCAACAGGAACUCUCACCGGAGCCUGUCUGGCUGUCCAAUAGCGGCGGCAGAGAAACUGGCCAAAGCCCACGAGAAACAUCAGUCAUGUGAUGGAGGCAAAUCCAACCAGGCUUCAGAUCGUGUGCUCAGGCCCAUGUGCUUCGUCAAACAGCUGGAGAUUCCACAGUACGGCUAUAAAAACAACGUGCCCACAUCAACCCCACGAUCCAACCUGGCCAAAGAGUUAGAGAAAUACUCCAAAACCAACUUUGACUACAACAGCUAUGACAACACCAACAUCUACAGCAAACGGCACACUACUGUACCCAAAGUCCACAGUCGGGACACACUGCCCAAAACUGAUGAUGUGAAGCGCUACUGCAAGAGCUCCAGUUCGGCGAGCAGCACCACCAGCAGCUACGGGCCCAGCAGCAGCAGCCUGAGCUGUGGAGGAGGAGGAGGAGCGAGCAGCGCCAGCAGCACCUGCAGCAAGAGCAGCUUCGACUACACACACGACAUGGAGGCGGCGCACAUGGCUGCUACCGCCAUCCUCAACCUCUCCACCCGCUGCAGAGAGAUGCCCCAGAGCCUGAGCGGGAAACCCCUGGAGAUCUGCACGCAGUCUGAUGAUCUGGAUCCCUUCCAGGACAUUUUAGAGGACAGUGCGUAUACUACUGAUGUUGGCAUUCCCAGUCCCAAACCAAAAUUUCCUCCUUGCAAAGAAAGCAAAAAGGAGCUUAUAACUCUUUCAGGCUGUCCUUUAGCAGAUAAAAGCAUUCGGAGUAUGAUCGCCACCAACUCACAAGAACUCAAGUGCCCGACCCCGGGCUGUGAUGGCUCGGGACAUAUCACUGGCAACUACGCUUCACACAGAAGUUUGUCAGGAUGCCCACGGGCUCGGAAGACUGGAAUAAAGAUAACACACAGUAAAGAAGACAAGGAAGACCAGGAGCCGAUCAGGUGUCCGGUUCCUGGCUGUGACGGUCAGGGUCACAUAACGGGCAAAUAUGCGUCUCACCGCAGCGCGUCCGGCUGUCCUCUAGCGGCCAAACGACAGAAGGACGGCUUUAUCAACGGCCCCCAGUUCACGUGGAAGGCUGGGAAGACGGAUGGCAUGUCGUGUCCCACUCCAGGCUGUGACGGCUCUGGACACGUCAGCGGCAGUUUCUUGACCCACAGAAGUCUCUCUGGUUGCCCACGUGCCACAGCAGCAAUGAAGAAAGCCAGACUCUCAGGAGUGGAGAUGCUCACAAUAAAACAGCAAACAAGCAAUGGUUUAGAUUGUGAUGAAGAUGUUAAACAGCUGGAUGAAGACAUGAAAGAUUUCAAUGAAUCAAAUUCACAAGUGGAAGCGGAUAUGAUCAAACUUAGAACACAGCAAUCACUUCACAAAGAGGCUCCAGUUAGACACAACAGCUGUCUACAUCAGAGAGAGCCGAUGAGCGAACAGAACUUUGACGCAUACGUGACCACGCUAACGGACAUGUACACGAGUCAAGAUCACUAUCAGAGUCCAGAGAACAAGGCCCUGCUAGAAAAUAUAAAACAAGCGGUACAAGGCAUUCAAGUCUAGCAUCUCAGAACGUUUCUAAAACAAAGUAAUACUGAGGAAAGAAGACACUUCCAGAAAAAAAAAAUUAAAAUGAUAACACUCAUAUGGGAUGCCUCAUGCUUUGCUGUUGUAAUUUAUCAAACAGUGUUAAAUUCAUGUUCUUUUAUAAAGUGUUAUGCUGACUAAACAUGAUUUUUCUUUGGGAUUAUUUUUCUGGCCUUGCUUUAAAAAAAUAAUGAUCUGCAAAAUAGUUUUUGAAAGUAUUCAGACUUUGUACGUUUUCAUAUUGGCUAAUGUAAUGUGUCUCAUCCUUACUGGCUGCUCAUAGAUGCACCUUUUUAGUGUAUAUUUUUUAAACAGUAAUGCACCCAAUACUGAACAUUAGUUGAUGCUUGCUGAAAGAGUGUAACAAACUGGAAAAAGGUAGCCAGUAAACAUUUCUGCUCAUCAUGAAGAUGUUUUGUGCCAUUAAUGAAAUAGCAAGAGUUUCUAUUUAUCAUUAGAAGAGUUGUUCUCCCCAAAAAUUUGCUGAAAACGUUCUCAUCCUCAGACAUCCAAGAUGUAGAUGAGUUAAUUUCUUUUUCAGAUUUCAAAA